UGUCACUGUCUUCUUUGUCUGCGUGGUUGUGAUUAGAAUGUGUCCUUAAAUAGGAAGUUUGAAGUGGGUUUCAUGUUCUCUUUGUGAUUCUGAGAUUUUUAACUUCUGGGUUUUGCUCCUUUUGUUUUGUUGAAGAAGGAUUGCACAUUGGUACUAGUUUGAUUUUGUUUCAUCUUCUUCUUGGAAAAAUUGAUGCAUUGAUCAUCAUUUCUCAUUUUCUUCUCUCUCUAUCUGGCAGUUUUAUCUUGAACAGGGUAGCAUGAUUUUUUUGGAUUUCUUGCUCAUUCUACAUCCUAGUCUUCCACCAUUGGUGGCCUGUGCUGCGGAUUUUGACAUUUGUGUAGAAUCUGUUUUGUGAUUGGUGGGUUGUCCACGGCGUUCUAUUUUCUUAAUGUUAAACUGAUAAUUAAUGCAUUGAAUCGGGUGUCUUCCUUGUAUAUCUGUUUACUUAACGUUCAUACAAGUUAUAUUUAUUGGAUCAUAAUACUUGUACAUCAAAGGUUACACACCCCCUGCAAAUGACCAAAAUACCCCUCGUGCCUCUCCUCCGCCUCGCCUCACUGCCUUGCAACCUUGGAUGAGGGGUAUUUUGGUCAUACACCUCACUGCCUCACGCUGCCUCACCGUCUCGCCUCAACAUGCAGCGCAAGGGGAAAUGGGGAAGAAAGGGAGCUGGAUUUCUGCAGUGAAGAAGGCUCUCAGCCCUGAAUCAAAGCAGAAGAAACAAAAGACAAGCCGUAGAUUGAAGAACAAAUGGUUUGGGAAACAGGGAAGCCCAGAUCGGGGCUCUCCACCUGCAGAAUCUGCACUGGCUGUCUCUGGCACUCCUAUAGAGGAAGUGAAAUUAACAAAAACCGAGGAGGAGCAGAACAGACAUGCUUACUCUGUUGCCCUUGCCACUGCUGUGGCUGCAGAGGUGGCAGUUGCAGCUGCUCAGUCUGCGGCAGAGGUUGUUAGGCGCACAGCUCAGGCCCGUUGUUCAAGUAAAUCGAAGGAGGAACUUGCUGCAAUCAAGAUUCAGACAGCAUUUCGAGGAUACUUGACAAGAAGGGCUUUACGUGCCUUGAAAGGGCUGGUGAGACUGAAAUCCUUGAUACAAGGUCAAUCUGUCAAACGCCAAGCCACAACCACCUUGCGGUGCAUGCAGACCCUGGCUCGUGUGCAGUCUCAGAUUCGUGCGAGGAGGAUUAGAAUGUCAGAGGAGAAUGAGGCACUGCAGAGACAGCUUCAACAGAAACGGGAAAAAGAACUUGAGAAAUUGAGAGCUUCUGUCAGUGCCAUUCUAGUGGGAGAAGAUUGGAAUGAUAGUCUCCAAUCUAAGGAGCAGAUCGAGGCAAACCUACAGAACAAGCAAGAGGCUGCUGUGAGAAGGGAAAGGGCUUUGGCUUAUGCAUAUUCCCACCAG